AUGAAUUGUCGAAGUGAAAUUAAAUUAAAUGUUUGGCAAAUAGUUUUUUUAACAUCUCUCUGUGUUAUAUCUGUACUCAUUGCUACGAUUGGUUGGUUCCGUACAAUUGAUCCAGUAGAAUAUGGUACAUCACCAUCAAGAACACCAAAUAAAGUGACGUCAGUUGUUCAUUCACAUCUUCGAGCAAUGCCAUAUCUUGAUGAUAUUGGUUCACCUCCUUUAUUGAACAAUCCACAUUCAUAUAUUCAAUGGACAUUUUUACAAAUGAAUGAUGUUUAUGAAAUGAUACCAUUAGGUGGUGGAAAAAAAGGUGGUUUAGCUCGUGUAGCAACUAUUAGAAAUUUACUUCUUCAAGAAAAUCCAAAUACAAUUACUGUUGUAUCGGGUGAUAUUGUUAGUCCAUCAGCAUUAGGAAAUAGCAAAGUUAAUGGUAUUCCGUUAGAUGGUAAACAAAUGAUUGCGACAUUCAAUGUUCUUGGUGUUGAUUAUGCUACAUUAGGCAAUCAUGAAUUUGAUUUACAAGAACAAUCAUUACGACUUCGUUUAGAUGAAUCUCAUUUUAAAUGGAUAGCAUCAAAUGUAUAUGAACGUAAUUCAACAAAACCAUUUCACAAUAUUUUACCAUAUAAAAUUGUCAAAAUUUCAAAUGUUACAAUUCUUCUUAUUGGUUUAACUAUUGAUGAUAAUCUUGGACCAAUACCAGAUAAACCCUAUGUUAAUAUAACAUCUCAACGAGAAUUACCAGAAUUUACAGCACAUUAUAUAAAACAUCUUCGUCAUGAUUUACAUUUAAAAUGGGAUGUACUUAUUUGUUUAACACAUGUAAAUAUGCAAAAUGAUAUUGAAAUAGUUGAACAUAAUCCAUCUAUUGAUGUACUUAUGGGUGGACAUGAACAUGAAAAUUAUUAUUUAAAACGUGGAUCAAAAUAUACACCAAUAUAUAAAGCAGAUGAUAAUGCAUUUACAGUAUAUAUUCAUCGUUUUGCAUAUCAUCCUCAAAAAAAACAAUUAUUAAUCUAUUCGAAACUUACACGAGUAUCACCUCAUUUUCCUGAUGAACCUAAAACAGCGCAAGUAGCUAAGUAUUAUUAUGAAACCGGUUUACAAUCCUAUCGUAUAGAAGGUUAUGAACCUGAUCGUAUAGUAUGUACUUUACCGGUUGGUUUUAAUUUGGAUGGUCGUUCAGCAAUGAUACGUUCUCAACAAACACAUCUAUCACAUGCAUUAUGUAAUGCUGUGAUGAAUGCAACGAAUACAACAAUAUGUGUCUUUAAUUCAGGUGCUAUUCGUCUUGAUGAUCAAUUAAUGGGUACAAUAAGUCAAUAUGAUAUUUUACGUUGUUUACCAUUUACAGCAAAUCUCACAACUGUACAUAUUAAUGGUUCAUCACUUGUUAAAGUUUUAACUCGUGGUUUAAGUAGUAUUAAUACUGGAAUGUAUAUAACUUAUGCUGGUUUAGAAUAUGAUACUACAACAGAAAAAUGGUUUUUAGCAUCUAAUAAACAAUCAGUUGAUGAUGAACAUUUACAAUUAACUUUUGUUACAAUACCAUAUUUUUUUCAUAAUACUGACUUAAAAUCUACAUCGAAAAUUUUAACUAAUCAUACAACAACAAUGACAAGAGCAUUUAUUAAUUAUCUUGAACGAACAUAUGCAAAAGACAUACAUCACAAAUCAUCUUAA